GCAUGGCACUCUGGCGGGCAUACCAGCGGGCACUGGCUGCUCACCCGUGGAAAGUACAGGUCCUGACAGCCGGGUCCCUGAUGGGUCUGGGUGAUGUUAUCUCACAGCAGCUGGUGGAGAGGCGGGGCCUGCAGGGACACCAGGCCGGCCGGACCCUGACCAUGUUAUCUCUGGGCUGUGGCUUUGUGGGCCCUGUCUUAGGAGGCUGGUACAGAGUUUUGGAUCGGCUCAUCCCUGGCAGUGCCAAGGUAGAUGCCCUAAAGAAGAUGCUACUGGAUCAGGGGGGCUUUGCCCCGUGUUUUCUGGGCUGUUUCCUCCCACUGGUAGGGAUACUCAGUGGACUCUCAGCCCAGGACAAUUGGGCCAAACUGCAGCGGGAUUACCCUGAUGCCCUCGUCACCAACUACUAUCUCUGGCCUGCUGUGCAGUUAGCCAACUUCUACCUGGUGCCCGUUCAUUACAGGCUGGCCGUUGUCCAGUGUGUUGCUGUUAUCUGGAACUCCUACCUGUCCUGGAAGGCGCAUCAUCUCUAAGCCUGCCUCCCUCCAUUGUUUCUGCCUUGCAGUGACUCAGCUUGACCCUGGAAUGGGUCAGACCACUUCCUUGAUGCUUUCAUGGGGUUGGGUUGCUGGUCAGAACUUAAUGGGGUUAGCACUCUGAAAUGGCCCAUUUCACUUUAAAAUGUAAACUGACUCCUCUUGAAAUCACAAAAACCUUUCUAAUGACCUUAUACCUGCCACGUAAUAGGCACUCCCUAAGUAUUUAACAGAAACCCUGGUGGCAUGGUGGUUAAGAGCUACGGCUCCUAAUCAAAAAGCUGGCAGUUUGAAUCUACCAGCCGCUCCUUGGAAACCCUAUAGGGGCAGUUCUACUCUGUCCUAUAGGGUCACUAUGAGUUGGAAUCAACUCGACGGCAGUAGGUUUGGUUUUUUUAAGUAUUUAACUGUCUUGAUCUUGUCACCUUUAGUUCACGCCUGCAUCCCAGUAAAUGCUCCUCCUUGCUCUGUGUACACAGCCCUAGUGUAGCUUCAGCUCUUUGGGGACCCCUCCAACCCUGUGAAUACAUUAAGUAUGUAGUCUAGUACCUGCAGAGUCAACAAGUAAGGGUAUCGGAAAACUAUUGGGGAGUGAAAAUUUCUAGAGCUGGAAAGAAGCCCAGAGACCACCAAGUCCAAUCUUCUUUUACAAAUGAGGACACCAAGUCCCAUAGAAGUGACAUGACCUGUCACAUCAUGAGCUAGUGGCAAACUAGAAACUUGAACUCAAGUUUCCUUACUUUGUACCCAAUGAUCUUUACUUGAAGGUCAGAUGUGUGUAAUGCUGAUGUUUUGGUUCCCAAGAGCAAAAUUAAACUUGGCUAAGUUACCACCUUGGGCAAACUUAGAAGCAGAUGGGCUGGUUUUGUUUGUUUGUUUAAAAGCUCCCUGAGGCAAGAGGCUCUCUUAUAUGGUGCCUCAGUCAGGCAGUCUUAGAAUUAGAUUCUGGGAGUAGAAGGUAAGGAUCCUGCAGACUUCAGCUGCAGCAGACCCGGUGUCUUAUCCUCCUCUGGCUGGGUCCCACGGCGGUAGCUGAGUGUCAGCAGUGCGCGGUAGCUGAGUGUCAGCAGUGCGUUCCUGAUAGCCUCAGUUUGUGAAACUGAUAGCUGGGGCUAGGGACAGAGUCGAAGGAGUACAGCCUCAGGCCCGUUCUAGAUGGAGAGGACAGGUCAGCACCAUGGACAGCCCCGAGGUCCCGCCUCCCUUUCUUGUGCUAGA